AUGAGCUAUACUGAACAAAUCAACACCUUCUCUGAAAAGUUGGGUGGUGACCUGGACUUGAAAGCAAAACAUACUGCUUUGAUGGAGUUAUGUGAUGUAUUAGAGUCCUUUCUUGGUUCAGGUGAAUAUGGAUACUUCCUAGAGAAACUAGUUCCCAUAUUUGUACAGUUAUUGGAAUCUGUUGCCAUAACUUUUUCUUCUUUAUCCUUAGAACACAAAAUCAGAAACUCAGUUUUGGAAAUAUUUCACAGAGCUGUUUGCAAUGAUAUACUUUCUCCAUAUGCCCCAGAGAUUCUCGAUCAGAUGCACAAGGUUUUAAGAACAGAUAAUGAGGAUAAUGGUGUGUUGUGUAUGAAGGUGAUUGUCAACUUGCACAAGGCGUUCAAAAACAAUUUGUUCGAGAAGGUACAACCUUUCAUUGAUACCAUAAAUGAAAUCUACGCGAAUAUGAAGACAAUACUUCCUCUAUACUUCAAUGAUCAGACUAAAGGUGAAUCGAAUGGAGAGGGCGAUGUACCUAUGGAGUCUGUGGCAUCACCCCAAUACAACUCAACAGGCAAUAACAAUGAAUCUCAAGCAAAACAUUUGGUGGCAUCUAUGAAAUCUUUUAGAACAUUAGCAGAAUAUCCCAUCAUUCUAGUUUCUUUGCUAUCAUCUUAUAAACAACUAGUCAAUACUGCCUUACCAACAUUCAUCCCGUUAUUAAUCAACUUCUUACAGUUGGAGGUUGAUGCACAAAAACAGGCGAGAGAAGAGGCCACAAAAAGGAAUGAAACCUACACUUCAGUGUCACCAGAAAUUAAGGAUAGAACGCUUUAUGGUGAUUUCAUUCUCAGUCAAGUUAAAGCAGCCUCUUUUUUGGCUUAUAUAUCAAUAAGAGGUCAUUCUGCAAAGCUAUUGUCUGAUCAUAACUCUGUCAUUCCAGAUAUCAUUUUGAGGCUAUUACAGGAUUGUCCUAGUGAGCUAUCAUCGGCCCGAAAAGAAUUAUUACAUGCUACAAGGCACAUCUUGUCAACUUCAUACAAACCUUUCUUUCUUCCUAAGUUGGAUUUAUUAUUCAAUGAGAAAAUCUUACUUGGCGAUGGAUUUUCUGCGUACGAAACAUUAAGGCCAUUGGCUUAUAGUACAGCUGCCGAUUUCUUGCACAACACCAGAAGCGAAUUGACUUCAAGCCAGGUAUGGAAAGCUGUUAUGAUGUACUCACGCUUAUUGCAAGAUACCACUGUUAUUCCAACUGUGCAGAUUAUGAGCGCCAAAUUGUUACUAAACUUAUUAGAGAGAAUAAAUAAAUUACCCAGCAGCGAGGCGAGAAGACUUUGCUUUAUUAUCAUUGAAGCUUACACUAAUAGAUUUGAAAGUUUGAACGCUGAAUAUAACUCAAUUAUGAAGCGUCUGAGAGAAUAUAAAUCGGAGAAGGAAAAAUCUGAGAUCACUUUGAAAGAUAGUACUGAGAAUAGAUCCAGAGACUUAAACUUCAUAAAAGAGGAAGAAAUUAAAGUAUUGAAUGAUGAGGAAUUGGAUAUAAACUAUAUCAUCAAAAAUGAAACUAUUCAGCCUGAUGAAGAUGUUGACAUGAAAGACAGUCAUGUAAACGAAAAUGACCAAACGCCAGAGUUCGAGGACUUAACAUUGUUUGAUUUACAAUAUGAGUAUCCAAUUCAAAUAUUUCAACCAUCAGAUACAGACCCUUUGAAGGAUGCGAGAUAUUUGUUCCGGACAUUGUUAAAUUUCUUGAAAACUGUGAUCUUGUUAUUGAGGCAAACAAAUCCUCCACCUCCAUCACCCGACUAUAAUGUGCAAGCAUGGAAUAAUGUGGCUAGAAUGUUUGAUGUUGAAGAAGUCAAUAUCUUGAAAAAGCUUUUUAAACAAAGCGUGAUUUGCUCAAGAUUCUUUCAAAAUCCUAAAACUACCGAUAUUACUGAGAAGCAAAAAGCAUUUGACAUUAGACAACCCAACUUGCCAAUAUCGGCCUCGAAAGAUGAAAAGGAUUUAAUGGAAGUCAUUGCGGCGAUGUUCCUGAAAAUAGACUUAUCAACUUUCAAUGAAAUUGUGGUUUCAGAAAUUGAAUUUUUAGUUAACGAAAUGGUGAAUUAUGUUCCUUUGCUUCAUUUAGCGCACUUCUUUUUGGGGAGUGAGGUCACCUCUUCAAACUUCUUAGGAAUAGUACUAAAUUAUUUGAAACUGAAAUUGGAAGUUUUAGAUGAAGAUGAAGCCAUGACUUCACACAUUUUCUUGAGAUUACUCAAAUUAUGUUUACUUUCUUUGAAUCUCUAUCAGACAAACAAUGAGCCAAUUGUGACUAUACAUGUUAGGGAUUUGAUUUUGAAAUCUUUGGAAUUAUCCACUAAGGCUAAAGAUCCAAUAGUGUAUUUUUAUUUGAUAAGAACAUUGUUCAAGAGUAUUAGCAGUGGUAAAUUUGAAUCAAUUAAUAGUGAAAUUUUCCCGCUUUUACCAAGUUUAUUGAAAUCAUUGAGCAAAUUAAUUGAUGCGGCCACCACAUUACAAGAAAGGGAAAUUUAUAUUGAACUUUGUUUGACUGUCCCGGUUAAGAUAAAUAGAAUGGUAUCCUUUUUAAAAUUUUUGAUGAGACCAAUAGCACUUGCUCUUAAUGGGUCUCAUGAUUUGAUCACUCAAAGCUUAAGAAUGUUGGAGCUAUGUAUUGAUAAUGUCACUGCUGAAUAUUUGGAUCCAGUAAUGGACCCGGUAAUUGAUGAAAUAAUGAAGGCUUUAUGGAAGCAUUUGAGACCAUACCCAUACUAUUAUGUUCACAGUCAUACUGCUGUUAGAAUUUUGGGAAAAUUGGGCGGUAGAAACAGAAAAUUCAUAAAACCUUCGGAGGAUUUAACGCCCCAAGAAACUUUGAGCCAAAGAUUAGAGAUAUUAGUCCUGGUAGAUAGCUUGAAGGGGGACCAACUAAUAUCAGUAACGACUGGUGUAGAGACUGCUAUCAAUAUGUUGGAAGAUCCUAGGCAAACAUUAGACCCAAAAAUUGCCACACAUUAUCGUAUAAAUGCUUUCAAAUACCUUUCCUCAGUUUUCAAGCUCUUUGUGGAUGGCAAAGAUAUGCCAGGUAAUUACUGGGAAUUAGUAAAAGAAGGUGUGCAAUUUUUGCUCAAGGACAAGAUUGAAGAUGAAAGAAGUCUUGAAAAUAUGGUGAUUAGAGAUCAAAGAAAAUUUAAUAACCAAGAAAAGUUAGCGGAAAGACUUUUGAAUUCAAUAUUUUUCUCAGCGUCAAUUAAAGAACUUAAUCACGAAGUUAAUGAAUUGAUUCAGAAUAUAUGCAGGCAUUUUACACAGCUCUACAUUGUCAAGCACAUAAUCAAAAGACGAAAAAAUGAACGGCACUUUUCAGUCAAUGAUGGAGAAGGAAAGGUCUUCAUCAAUGAACAUAUUUUGUUGAACAGCAUUGUUUACGCCUUGAGUUCUCACCUUGAGGAAGUUAAAGAAGCCGGUAUUGCUGCAGUGAAAUCAAUGUUUGAUUUCUCAGUUUCUCUUUUUGGAUCAAUUGAAAAGAGUUUAAAUUUUAUUCUAUUGCGUUCACUAUCAGUGGUGUUUUUCCAUGCCUGCUACGACGAACUUUAUUAUAAUAAAUAUGGUGGUGUUUUGGGUCUAAAAGUUAUGAUUAAGGAUGCUAAAAUACCAAUUAAGUGGUUCUCGAAAUACCAAGUAGAAUUGGUACGAGCUUUGUUCUAUGUUUUAAGGGAUACACCAGAAAAUAUGCCAGUCGCGGCGGUGGAUAUGUCAGUCGACCUUAUCAAAACAAUAAUCAGAGGAUGCAACGAGGGGACCAAGAACUUGGAUUGCUUAUCAUCUAAUUUAGUUUCUUCUUUGGUAUAUGAUUUGGCGAAUUCCAAUAAAGUCAUAAGGCAGACUUCUAAGGAUUCUUUAGAAAUUUUGGCGGAUAUUACAGGGUUAUCUAUUUCCAAAAUCAUAAAUCCUAGUAAAACACUUCUUUUGAAUCCUAUUUUCAGUAAACCAUUGAGAGCACUACCUUUACACAUGCAGGUUGGUAAUAUUGAAGCAAUUAAUUUCUGGCUCGUAGUUUCUGAUGGGGAAGAUUCUUUCAAUGAAGAAAUGAAACGGCUAUUACAAGAAGCCAUUGCUAUUUUGAACACAGAAGACUUAGUUCUUGUUGGUGGAAAACGCCUUUUUGAAUACCAUACUCGUGAAAAGCUUACAGAACUUCGUGUUGUUUGUGUUAACCUUUUAAAAAUCGUCAUUUCAAAACCAGACUAUCCAAAUGCUCCAAGAAUGGACAUACUUUCAACCUUAUUCAAAGCUCUAUGCUCUCCAGAAUCGAGAAUAAUUGAGGCAUCCUACUUGGCAUUGAAAGUUGCUCUUUCAGAAAGUACCAAAUUACCACGUAACUUGCUUCAAAGUGGUUUAAGACCAAUGUUAAUGAAUUUAGCUGAUCAUAAGAAAUUGUCAGUGUCCAAUCUUGAAGCUUUAGCGAAGUUGCUAGUAUUGCUUAUCAGCUAUUUCAAGGUGGAAAUUGGAAAUAAAUUGAUGGAUCAUUUGAAAGCAUGGGCAACUCCACAUACUCUUCAUGUUAUUUCGAGUCAGGAUUUGUCAUCUAACUCCACUAUAAAAAUUGUAUCGGCGAUUUUGAACAUUUUUCAUUUGCUCCCCGAAAAAGCCCGGAUUUUUAUUCCAGACAUUCUUUCAAUAUUAAAUUAUCUAGAAUUUAACUUAAGAAGAUGUCAGGGCUCACCGUUUAGAGUGCCGAUCGGAAAGUUCCUCAAUAGAUUUGCUAGUGAGACUUUCACUUAUUAUUUGGAUAACUUCAAAAGCACUCAAGACAAACUCCCUUAUUUUAUUCAAGAGUGCCCUGAACUUAAAAAUGUCGCUAAGAGCUCAUUUUCAAAAUUGCUUGAAUCAGUAUCAUCGGAAUCCGAUUUUGCUAUCAAGGUUAUUAAGUACGGUAAUCUUAUCAAUGUUGCUACUGCUAUUUCAGAGUCUGAAAGUGAGUGGAUAUUUGAAGAGAAAGCGGUACUUGAGGAAAUGAGAAAUUUGACACAAAUGAUUGUUAAAAAAAACAAUGAAGAUCCUUUUGAUAAAUCAUAUCAUUUCCAAUUAUCUGGUGCGGUAUCUAAGUUCCAAAAGGUAUUUGCGAUUUACUUGAGACACUCUAAGGAUCUUGAAAUGUUAAUUUCUUUCUUGAAAUUUGCCUCAGAAUCGCAGUUGGUUUUGUCUGUUGAUUUUGAAGAGUUUGUUUUUGAGGUAACUGCCAAAUCAAAUGACACUGAGCUCCGUCAAGAUUGCCUAAACAAGUGCGUUACUAUUUUCUUGGAGCCUGCCGAGUCUUUGAAAACCAAAGUUAUGCUUUCUAAGAAGCUACUUCAUCCAAUAAUACUUUUUGAGAACCACAAAAAUGGUGGAAUUAAGAAACUAUGUGAAAAAAAUAAUGAACUAUCUACUGCGGAAUGGCUUAACUCUGUCCAUACUAAGAUCUGGAAAUCCACUGGUAAUAUUGUGAUGAACCACGCUGCCGGAGAGGUCGAUCAUUAUAGAAUGGAAUUACUUCAGAUGACCGCUUGUUUGAUCAGCAUGGCGAAGGACGUCAUUGAAAAUUUGAGAAAGGAUGUUAUCAAAUUCAGUUGGUGUUUGAAUAGACUAGAUGAUGCUUUAACCAAGAAUGCAUCUUAUUUGACGAGCUGUUACUUCAUUAAUGCAUAUGCUACUCCUUUGAAGAUCAGAACUAAUUUGCUUGUUGCUUUGCUUAGGGAUAAUAAUAGUGAUAUCAAGUAUUUGGUUCAGCAAUCUUUGGAUUUGAUCGCUCCUGUAAUGGGUGAUACUGAUGACCAAAGUGAAAAAAAUAUUUCUUGGUUGAAAUAUCCUAGAAGAGUUAUUUCCGAAAAUGGUUUUAUGGUCAGCAAUAUUGUAAAUGUCUAUAAAUUUAUGGUCCGCCAUAAGGACAUAUUUUUCUAUGCUAGGGACCAUUUCAUAAGUACAAUAAUUACUGCAAUGGGAAAGCUCACCAUUUUGCAAAACACUUCAACUGAUAAUCAAACACUUGCGUUGGAUAUUGCUGAGUUGAUACUAUACUGGGAGAAAAAAACGAAAGAAUUAAAGACAAAGGAAAGUACAAAACUUUUGAUGAAAGAGAAGAAGGAUAUAAAAUCUGGUAAUAAUGAUAAUGAUUACGCGACUCUGUUGUCAUACUCUAUUCCGUUUGGACAAAAGGAGGCGUUUAUUACCUUUUUGAUAAGAUACGUAUGCAUUAAUACCCAGAGAUCUUCGAAUGGUGAUUUAGGUAAAAGAGCUUUGAAUGUUUUAUACGAGUUGUUGAGCCCUGGAUAUUGGUCUGAUGUAACCGUGAAACUAUCCUUUUUUGACAAGUUCUUGAUUGAGCCUGAUUUUAAUAAUGCUAAUAAUAACAAUAUUUUAUUGUACUGCAUUAACUCAUUGGAGGUUUUGAGUGUUUCGUUGAACCAUAAGAGCAAUGAGUGGAUCAUUGAUAAUCUCCCAGCCCUACAAAAUCUUUUGGAUAAGUCAAUCAGGUCUGACAAUCAUGAUGUUCAGGAGGCAUUGCAAAAAGUCUUGAGAAGUAUUUUGAAUGCUAUCAAGGAAGAAACGGAUGAAGAUCAAGAAUAUGAACCUGAAGAAAUCAAGAACUUCUUGAAUCUAUUAACGAGUGUCAUAUCAGAUGACUUAGGUAAUACAUCGUCACUAGCCGCUGGUGUAACUUUGUGUUGGACGGUCACCAAUUAUAAGCCAGAAAGACUAAAUAACCUAUUCCCAAGUAUUAUGAAAACUUUUGGGAAAUUGUGCAAAGAUCAUGUCACAAUAAUAAAUCAGAAAUCUGGCGACCAACAAUCCAAACUGGGCGAAGAAGCUAAAAUGACUACAAAGUUAUUGGAUAGGCUUCUAUGUUUUGCUGCCAUGAGAAUUUCACAUUUAGGAGACCAACGUCGUAUUUACUUGAGUCUUUUGGCCCAACUUAUUGAAAAAACUUCAGAUCCUUGUAUUUUAUCAAGGAUUUUAUCGAUUGUUCACGGGUUCAUUUUUAAAAAAGAUAAUCUUUUUCCAACUACCAAAGAAAAGGCUGCUAUUUUGGGUAAAAUGAUGGGGUUUGAAACAAGAAAAGAUAUACCAAAAUCAUUGGCUAAAAGCUUCUACAAAAUUAUUAUAAAAAUUUUUGAAGAUGACAGCUUCUUAUAUUCUGACUUGACUCAAAGACUAGAGCAUCCUUUCCUUAUUGGUACAAGGUUUUUCGACGUUGGUAUAAGAUCAAGAUUGAUGAAAUUUUUGAAUGAAUGCAUUGAAGACGGUAUUGAUAAGAGAUUGAAUUAUGUGAUUAAGGAACAGAAUUGGGAAUAUCUUGCGGAUUAUCCUUGGUUAAUCCAGGCCGUUGAAAUCUUAUUUGGGUCUCUAAAAUAUGAACAGAGAGCCCAGCUAUCUGAAAAGGAAUACAAAUUUGCCCCAUUGGAGUACUUCAGGGAAACUAUAGUUUUGAAUGAAAACAAAAUCACGGAUGACUCCAAAGAUGAAGAAUUUGCGCCAUUUAUAGCAAAACAUAAGAGAUUUUUGAAGGAAGUAAGGAGUGUAACUGUUGGUGAUAUUUUCAUACCUCUUAUUGAAGUUUUGAGAAGUGAUACAAAUGAUGUUAAUAAAACUUGGGCAGAAAUCUUUUCAGUGGGUUAUAAGGGAGUUUCUGAUUCUCAGAAGGUUGACUUUGCCAGAAGUUUCUCUUCUUUGUUGGCAAAAGAUUAUCAUUUGAGACAAGUCAAGCUCAAGCCAAAUGUUAUUCAGGGAUUGUUGGGUGGUGGUGAAAGGUGUGAAGAUCUCCAUAUUCCUCCGCAUCUCGUCAAGUAUUUGGGCACCACUUUCGAUGCAUACUAUUCUUGUAUGCACAUGGUCGAGAAGGUAAUGGAGAGUGAUAAUAAAACUGUUAAAGAAGCAGCCGAGGAUGCAUACUGCGAAAUUCUAUCGAAGCUACAGGAGUCUGAUUUGUUCGACGGUUUAUGGAAAAAGAGAGCAAGAUACAGCUCGACGAAGGCUGCUAUAUCUUUUGAACAAAUUGGCAUAUAUGACAAGGCUCUUAAUUUCUACGAAGAUGCGCAGAUUGAAGCAAGAAAUGGGUUUGUUCCAUAUGGUGAUGCCGAGUAUAUGUUAUGGGAAGAUAAUUGGAUCUCAUGUGCCCAGAAAUUGCAGCAAUGGGAUGUUUUGGUGGAAUUAGCGAAAAAUGAGACUUACACAGAUUUACUUUUGGAAUGUGGUUGGCGAGUUGCCAAUUGGAAUGACGAUAAAGAAUCUCUUGAACAGUCAAUAAGAAGUGUUAUCGAUGUGCCAACCACUAGACGACAAUUCUUCCAUUCGUACCUUUUGUUUCAAGGCUUCUGUCAGCAAGAGAAAAGUGUUGGAGAUUUAAUGAGAUCGUAUGACGAAGGUAUUCAACUUGCAUUAUCCAAAUGGAAUUCCCUUCCAUCUAGGCCUACAACUGCUCAUAUUUCAUUACUACACACCUUCCAACAAUAUAUUGAACUAAAUGAAGCCACAAAAGCCUAUGGGUCAAUGAUCACUACCAAUGCUCAAAAUCUGGAAUCGAAACUUUUAGAGUUACAGGGUGUUCUACGAGCAUGGCGUGAAAGAUUACCAAAUUUGUGGGAUGAUAUUAGUAUUUGGAAUGAUCUUUGUACGCAAAGAUUGCAUGCUUAUAAUCUUUUGGGUGUGUUGAAUAGACCUUUCCUUGGCUCUGCUAACAACAAUAACAUCAGAAGUUCUCGUGGCUAUCAUGAAACUGCUUUUAUGAUUAACAGAUUUGCUAAUGUUGCCAGAAAGCACGGCAUGCCAGAGGUUUGUGUUACUCAAUUAACGAAAAUCUACACGCUUCCUAACAUUGAAAUCUCUGAAGCGUUCAUUAAAUUGACUGAGCAAGCCAAGUGCCAUUACCAGAGUGGCAACGAAAUUAAUAGUGGUUUGGAUGUGAUAACUAAUACCAACUUGAGUUAUUUCAAUGCUUCUCAGAAAGCUGAAUUCCUAACCCUUAAGGGUAUGUUCCAAGCGAAAUUGAAUGCAUUUGAUGAAGCUAACCAAUCAUUUAGCAGCGCGGUUAACCUUGAUCGAGAUUUACCAAAGGUUUGGGCUGAAUGGGGGUUCUUUAGUUAUAGGCUUUUCAAACAAGGAUCUCGGAAGCCAACACAAAAUCAAAAUCAGCUAUUGAAGUAUGCUGGCAACUCUUUAACUUGCUUCUUGAACGCUGCUGGCUUGUAUAAGAGUGAUAAAAGCAGAAGAUGUAUUGCUUUGAUUUUAUGGCUUAUAAGUUUGGAUGAUCAAAAAGGCACAUUAGCCAACGAAUUCAAUAACUUCAAGGGUGAAGUUCCUGUUUGGUAUUGGAUUACGUUUAUUCCUCAGUUAUUGACGUCUUUAUCUCAUCGAGAAGCCAAGAUUGUUAAGCAGAUUUUGCUCUUGAUUGGCAAGAAGUACCCACAGGCACUUCACUUCCCAUUGAGAACUACCAAAGAGGAUCUUUUGGCGAUUCAGAAACAACUUACAGCUCAAGCAGGUAUGAAAGCUGCGGCGGCAAAGAAGGAGGAGCACAAAGAAAUAAGCAAGCAGGACCAUUCAACUAAAGAGAUUAAUAAUGAAAAGGAGGAGAAAGAAUUAGUGCUGACAGAAGUUAAGGUAAAGUCAGAAACCAAAAAUAUAGAUUCUGAUGUUGAGAUGAAGAAUGGUUCUGGUGAUGAGGAGAAAUCUGAAGAACAUCAAAAAUCAGCAAGUGGGGAAAAUAGUAUUGGCUCGGAAAAUAAUCGGAAAUCAGAAGAAAACCCCGCAGAAACAUCUAAAGAAACAUCUGAAGAAAGACCUGAAGGGAGCUCCGAAGAAAAAUCAGAAGGACAAAAAGAGAAGUCUGGGGAAAAAGCUGAUGAGAAAUUGGAAGAAAAAUCGAAUGAGAAACCUGAGGAACAGUCUGAGAAAUCUGAUAAGAAGCCUGAGAUAGUUGAAGAACAGCCUGAGAAGAAGUCUGAAAAAGAAUCUGAGGGGAUCUCUCAAGAAAUAUCUGCAGAGAAACCAGAAGAAAAACCCAAGGAGAAGUUAGAAGAAAAGCCAGAAGAGAAGCCAGAAGGUAAGUCAGGAGAAAGAUCAGAAGAUAAGUCAGAAGAAAAAACAAAGAUCAGUGAAGAGUCUAAUGAUGUGAAUACCAUUAAAGUAGAAGCUUCUGGCCUAGAAAAGGAGAUUCCAACUGAUAUUAUAGAUGGGAAUAACGAAACACUGACUAAAAAUAGUAAUACUGGUAAUGCCGAUAACAGUGACAACAGUGCUGGUGCUUCACAGGAUCAGAAAGGUGGUAAAAUUGAAGAAAAAUCAACAUCCUCUACGUCAACAAAUGGUGGUCAACCAUGGGAGUAUGUAGAGGAGAUUAUGUCCGUUACUAAAACAUCAUAUCCUCUAUUGGCUUUAUCUUUAGAGUUAUUGGUUGAUCAAAUCACUCAAAGGUUUAAAUCUAAUGCUGACGAAGACGCAUAUCGUCUUGUUGUGGCGUUAUUAAAUGAUGCUAUGUUAUCAUAUAGCAGAAUCCUGAACCCUGAGAAAGAUAUUAGACUACCCCAGCAUAUGGAGAACAAUAUUAGCAGAUUUGCUGGCACUGUUUUGCCAAAACUUAUUAGAGUUGAGUUUGAGAAAGAUUUGAUUGAAAGCAAGCCUAAUUUCUUAGAGUACAUUUCUAAAUUAAUUGAGUGGAGAGGAAGAUUGGAAAACAAAUUGGAUAGAAGAUUCAACAAGAUUAACCUCGAAAAUAUAUGCCCUCAUUUGACGGAAUUCCACCAUCAGAAGUUUGAAGGUAUUGAAGUCCCUGGCCAAUAUUUGUUGAAUGAGGAUACCAAUAACAAUUUUGUCAAAAUAGAAAGAUUUCUUCCAACGUUGGAGAUUGUUCGUGGAUACACAUCAUGUUUUAAAAAGUUGCAAAUCCGUGGUCAUGAUGGUUCCAUUCAGCAAUUUUCCGUGCAAUUUCCUUCAAACCGCCAUUCCAGAAGGGAAGAAAGAAUUUUCCAAAUGUACCGAAUCUUGGGGAGCGUACUUGAUAAAAAAGUGCAAUCUCGCUCACGGAACAUCAAAUUGACUGUUCCGACCGCUGUUCCGUUGUCACCACAUAUCAGGGUGAUUAAGAAUGACGAAGAAGAUGUCACGUUGCUCAAAAUUUAUGAACACCAUUGCUUGUUCAAGAAGCAAAGAUUUGAUGAACCAUUUUUUUAUACGGCAAUGAAAUUGCGAGAAGCUUUUAAUUUAAGUGGUUCAGCCAAGGUGGACAUCGUCAAGGUUAAAAUGGAAAUUCUAAAUGCUGUUCAAUCAUUGUACACUCCUACCACAAUUGUUAGAGAUUACUUUUUCAACUUGUAUGAGAAAUAUGAGGAUUUCUGGAUUUUUAGAAAGCAGUUUACUUCUCAGUAUGCUUCCUUCAUAUUUAUGACUUACAUGAUGAGCAUUACUGGGCGUCAACCACAUAAGAUCCAUAUGGGUACUAAAUCAGGAAGUGUUUGGACAUCUGAUAUGUUAUGUAACAAAUCCGCCAAUGUGAAUUUUCCAGGAGUCUUUGGCCAAAGUCUUUUGAAUCCAGCUUAUCAGCGCAAAUCCCCAGUGAUUCAUUCUAAUGAAACUGUUCCAUUCCGCUUGACGCCAAAUAUCCAGAAGUUUAUUGGCGAAAUUGGCGUGGAAGGUAUUUUGUCAGUAUAUUUCUUGGUUAUUGCCCGAUGCUUUAGUGAACCUGAGUUUGAGUUGGACCAUUACUUGAAUUUAUUCGUUAGAGACGAGAUUAUUGCAUUCUUUUCACAGAAUAUGCGCUCUAGCUUCCAAGGAGCAUUGCUCAGGGAAAUCGUGAGGGUGAAUUCUGAUUUAAUAAUAGGUAAUGUUGUCAAGGCUGGCUCGGUUAAUAAUUCUAAAGUAGCUACCCAAAAUGUGAAUGAGUUGAUUUCUCACGCUGUGAACCCAAGGCACCUCGCUCAGUUUGAUUCCUUAUGGAGAUCUUAUUUGUGA